GGCACGCCCGGCCUCCAGAAUUCUUUCUUCUUCUUUCUUGCACACCCGAAUCCCCGAUAGCCCGAGAGUCCGAGACCGCCUCACCCCUCCACCCGUCGGCCGUCGUCGAAGCAUCGACCCCUACCCUAGGUCACCGAUUAACCCUCACAUCGCCGUCGCCGCCAGACCCGAACGCCUUCGCCGUCGACUUCUCCCCCACCCAACACCCAGCCCCCCCACCCGUCGAAGUAUCGAACCCGAGGUCACCGGCUAACCCUCACUUUGCCGUCGCCGUCGGACCCGAACGCCUUCGCCGUUGGCUUCUCCCUCACCCAACAGUCAACACCUAGCCCCCUGCACCCGAUACCCCGAGUCACCCCCCUCGUCGAAGGCGACAGCAAACCCCAAUCCAUUUCACCCUCACCUCGCCGUCAACGAUCUGGUUGGUUUCGGCAACUUAAUCGUCAACGAUCUAGUUGGUUUCGCCGUCAACGAUUUGAGAAGUUUGACAGGCUUCAAAUGAUAUCAUGAUUCAUGAGAGUUGUUGUAGGAUUCAACUGCAUCUAGGUGCAGAAGAUCCUUUUCAAGGGAGAUUUGAUUCUGAUGGUGCAGAGCAGAGUCUUGAGUCAUUUGUUAUUCAGGUGCCUACAAUUAUGCAUUACAACAUCAUCAACACCACCACCAAAACUUAAUGUUUGAUUGUUUACAAAGUCCUGCUGGGGAAGCAUGAAUAUUGUAAAAGGUGUCGCUGACCUUAUUCGGAGGACUUCAAGUGGCAACAAUAAUGGGCCUGGUUCCGCGUUCUCGGCCCAGAGGUUCUCUCCACCAACUCCAAUAAUCUGUUUCAGUGAUUUUGGUGACGAGGCCACCCUAAAUACGCUAUGGGGAAGAUAUGAAAAUGCAUCAGAUAAGGAUGCAAAGAGAAAAUUAUUUUAUGUUUUCCUCAAGCAAUUCCAAAUAGUAUACAAGAAUUGGGAGCCUGCCUAUACUGACCAGUUUCCAGAGGUGGGUCCACCUGCUGCCUCACCUGCGGAAUACCUGGAACGAACUAAUGAUAUAGUUGUUGGCUGCACUACUGGACAUCCUGCUGAAAUUAUUCUGACUUUAACUGAGGAAAUCACACAUAUAACUGCUUUGGUAGCUGAAUUGAAUGCCAGCACAGAGCAAUCAACUGCAGAUCUAGUAGGGACCUCAAUGAGCUAUGCUAUGACUUCUGAGGUGUUGCCUACCUUAAAUGCCUUGAUUAUUAUAUCUCGGUCAAUGCAUAACUGCAGAGUUUUUGGCUACUAUGGUGGGAUUCAGAAACUUACGGCAUUACUGAAAGCUGCUGUUGUACAACUUAAGACAAUUACUGGUGGGCUUUCUGCUGAAGAAAGUUUACCGAGUCCUGUAAUAGAGAAGAUCAGAAUGCUGCAACAAUUACUUGUACUUGUGGUGUCAAUAAUAUGUGGCUUCAUUAUCCUACAUUCAGAUGUAUAUGAAAAGGUUCAGUUGUCUAACAGUAACAUGGAGUUUCCUGUUCCAAGGGGUGGUGCAACUUCCAUGGAUCCUUCUGCUAGUGUGAAGAAUCUGCCUUUUGAAGAAAAGCUUUGUUGGCAUCAGAAGGCAGUUGUGUCAGUAAUGGAAGCUGGUGGCCUUAAUUGGUUAGUAGAGCUGUUGCGAGUGAUGAGAAGAUUAAGUAUGAAAGAACUAUGGACAGAUACAUCACUUCAGUAUUUGACUUUGAGUGCCCUUCAAUCAGCUUUGUCAGAUAAUCCGCGAGGUCAAAAUCAUUUUAGAAGUAUUGGGGGACUUGAGGUUCUAUUGGAUGGACUGGGAUUUCCAUCAAAUACUGCUUUAAGAUCAAAGGUUUCCUCUUUUUCUGGAAAAGAAAGAGAUGAGAAUCCUUUAUUGGGUAUUUUCCAGCUCCAUGUUCUUUUGUUGGAAGUUCUUAGGGAAGCUGUCUUUGCUAAUGUGAACAACAUGCAGUUUCUAUGUGAGGAUGGGAGGGUACAUAAGUUUGCGAAUAGCUUUUGUUCACUUGCUUUCAUGCUUCAAGAGUAUGGACAGCACAAGAAUGUUAUGUCUGGGCAAAAGGAUUUUCAAAUUCUGGUUUCUGACUCCAAAAAUAAGCAUAGUUCAGAGUUUAAUGAUAUGGGGCUUUCUGCCCAACUGUCUGCCAAUUCUUUUGUACAAGAUUGGAAUGAUUAUGCAGUCAAGUUAAGCAGAGUCCUUGCUUCUUUCCUUCUUGCAACAGAAGACACUAAAUCUUCUAAUUUCCAAGUAUCAGCUAGUCGAAAUGCCGCUCCAGUUACUUCAGUUUAUGCGGAACUUUCAGUGAAGUGGUUCCUGAAGGCUCUACUCACGUUGUUUCCUUGCAUUAGGGCUUGUUCUAAUCAGAAUGAGUUGCCAAGCCACUUAAGGUUCUUUGUCCAUACACUGCAGCAUUAUGUUCUUUAUGCUUUCAGGAAGGUUCUUGUUUCUUCACCUACAUUACUGGAUGGACUCCGAGCUGAAGGAAUAUGGGACUUUAUCUUCUCUGAGAACUUUUUCUAUUUUGUGCCAGCUUCAGUAGAAUGUUUGGGAGAUAGUUGCAAACAUGAUGAGGUUCAUCAUUCUAACUUAGAAAUAUGCUCCAGCUCCAAUAGAGUUGGCAGUAUAAAUGGUAACGACAUUGAUGCUCUUCAGGUUGAAGUCAUCUCUUUCGUGGAAUUUGCAGCAACAUCAAAUGCUAGUAAACACAAUUUGUCCGAGUGUUCUGCUUUGUUAGAUGCCCUUGAACAGUCUGCUUGUAAUCCUGGGAUUGCUGGUGUUAUUGCAAAGAGCCUGCUUCGAAUAUUACAGCUUUCUACUGAGAAAACGUUUUCUUCAUUGAGGAAACUUGAUGCAAUACCUCGGGUGCUCAAAGUUGCAUGCAUUUUGGCCCAAGAAUUUCGAAGGAAUAAUAAUAUGAAUUCUUAUGUCGAGAAUAACAUGGAACUGAUACCUUCUCAAGGUUUUGAUGGACCUCAUUCAUCUGAGAUAGCACAAAAUUGGUACAGAAGUAUGGAAACAUCAAUAGAGAUCUUUGUUGAAUAUCUCAAUGUAAAUGAUGAUGCAAAAAGUUCAAUUUUGCACAGUCCUGCUUGUAUUGAUUGCUUAUUUGAGUUAUUCUGGGAAAGAGGUUUAAGAAAUCGUGUACUUGUUCAUAUUCUUGAUCUAAUGAAGAUCACUCCAGUUUCUGAGGAAGACCAAAAAGCAAUGUUGUAUUUAGGCUCCAAAUAUUUGGAAACAUUUACUCAUGUAAAGGAACGGGAGAAAAACUUUGCAGAACUGUCAAUUGAUCUAUUGGUUGGGAUGAGAGACAUGCUUCUUAGUAAUCAAGUGUUCUACCAGGCUUUGUUCCGUGAUUGUCAAUGCUUUUUGCACAUUUUGUCAUUGUUGAAUGGAAUCCUUGAUGAGGAUGGCGAGAAGUUAGUCCUAAAUGUCCUUCAGACUCUUACUUGCCUGCUUGCGAGCAAUGAUGUCUCAAAGGUGGCAUUUAGAGCUCUUGUUGGCAAGGGUUAUCAGACAUUGUUAAGUUUACUGUUGGACUUUUGUCAGUGGCACCCAAAUGAAGAGCUUUUAAAUGCUUUGCUUGAUAUGCUUGUUGAUGGAAAGUUUGAUAUUAAAGCAAGCCCUCUAAUAAAGAAUGAAGAUGUAAUAUUGCUUUAUCUGAGUGUUCUCCAGAAGAGCAGUGAUUCAUUACAGCAUUAUGGGCUCAAUCUGUUUCUCCAGCUGCUCAGAGAUUCAAUAUCAAAUCGAGCUUCAUGUGUCAGAGCUGGAAUGCUUAAUUUUCUACUUGAUUGGUUUUCUAAAGAAGAAAAUGACAGUAUAAUUGUGAAGAUUGCACAAUUAAUUCAGAUAACUGGUGGACAUAGCAUAUCUGGUAAAGAUAUUCGUAAAAUAUUUGCUCUAUUGCGAAGUGAGAAAGUUGGGGCUCGGCAGCAGUACUGUUCACUAUUGCUCACUGGAAUGUUAUCAAUGCUAAAUGAGAAAGGACCAACUGCAUUUUUUGAUCUUAAUGGGAAUAAUUCUGGAAUUGUAAUUAAAACGCCAGUACAGUGGCCUCUCAAUAAGGGAUUUUCUUUUUCUUGUUGGCUCAGAAUAGAAAACUUUCCCAGGAGUGGGACAAUGGGACUUUUCUGUUUUCUCACCGAGAACAGAAAAGGAUGCUUGGCAGUCCUUGGAAAAGACAAGCUGAUAUAUGAGUCUAUUAAUCAGAAACGUCAGUGUAUUUCGACAAAUGUUAAUCUAGUAAGAAGGAAAUGGCAUUUUCUUUGUUUAACUCAUAGCAUUGGUAGAGCAUUUUCGGGGGGUAGCCUGCUAAAAUGUUUCGUGGAUGGAGUUCUUGUAUCAUCUGAAAAGUGCAGAUAUGCUAAAGUUAAUGAGUUAAUAACAACUUGCACAAUUGGCACCAAAAUUAGUUUGCCUCCAUAUGAAGAAGAGAAUGCAAUGCCCAGCAUCAAAGACUCAUCUUCUUUUCUUGGUCAGAUUGGUCCAGUUUAUAUGUUUAGCGAUGCCAUUACUUCUGAACAAGUGCAGGGCAUCUAUUCCUUGGGGCCAAGUUAUAUGUAUGCAUUUCUUGAUAGUGAAGUUUCAAUCUGCUCAGAUAAUCCAUUGCCUGGUGCAAUUCUUGAUGCCAAAGAUGGGCUUGCAUCAAAAAUUAUAUUUGGACUAAAUGCACAGGCUUGUAGUGGUAAGACAUUAUAUAAUGUUUCUCCAUUGGUGGAUCACACUUUGGAAAAGAAUUCUUUUGAUGCCACUGUUAUGAUUGGGACACAGUUAUGUUCACGGCGGUUGUUACAGCAAAUUAUUUACUGUGUUGGAGGUGUAUCUGUGUUUUUCCCUCUUUUCACUCAGACUGACUCAUAUGAGAAUGAUGCAACUGGGCAAGCUGAACAAGGGUUGCUCACUCCUAUCAUGAAGGAGCGUUUAACUGCUGAAGUGAUUGAGCUUAUAGCUUCUGUCCUUGAUGAGAAUGUAGCCAACCAACAACAAAUGCUGCUUCUUUCUGGAUUUUCAAUUCUUGGAUUUUUAUUGCAAUCAGUUCCACCCCAGCAAUUGAAUAUGCAAACUCUUUCAGCUUUGAAACAUAUGCUUAAUGUUGUUGCAAGUAGUGGUUUAUCGGAGCUGCUUGUCAAAGAUGCUAUAUCUAAUAUAUUCCUUAAUCCCCUUGUUUGGGUCUACACAGUUUACAAGGUGCAACGUGAACUGUAUAUGUUUCUCAUUCAGCAAUUUGACAAUGAUCCCAGGCUUCUUAAGAGUCUUUGUCGGCUCCCUCGUGUUCUUGAUAUAAUACGCCAAUUUUAUUGGGGCAGUGGAAAAUGCAGAUAUGCUUUAGGAGGCAAACCUCUUUUGCAUCCCAUAACAAAGGAUGUACUUGGAGAGAGACCUAGUCAAGUAGAAAUACAUAAAAUUCGCCUUCUUCUAUUGAGCCUUGGGGAGAUGAGUUUAAGGCAGAACAUUGCAGCCUCCGAUUUAAAGGCCCUUAUUGCCUUUUUUGAAACAAGUCAGGACAUGGCAUGCAUUGAAGAUGUUUUGCAUAUGGUUAUCCGUGCUGUUUCUCAAAAGCCAUUGCUUGCUUCAUUCCUAGAACAAGUUAACUCACUUGGUGGUUGUCACAUAUUUGUCAAUCUUCUUCAAAGGGAUUUUGAGCCCAUCAGAUUACUCAGCUUGCAGUUUCUGGGAAGACUUUUGGUUGGCCUUCCAUCUGAGAGAAAAGGACCAAAAUUCUUUAGUAUUUCAGUUGGAAGAUCCAAAUUUCUCUCGGAGAGUCAUAGAAAAAUAAGCUUAAGGAUGCAAUCAAUUUUCUCUGCCAUGUCAGACAGGCUAUUCAGAUUUCCGCAGACUGAUCUUCUAUGUGCUAGUUUAUUUGAUGCUCUCUUAGGUGGUGCUAGCCCAAAGCAGGUUUUACAGAAACAUGGCCAGCUUGACAGGCAGAGAAGCAGGGGAAACAAUUCUCAGUUUUUUCUUCCUCAGAUCUUGGUCCUCAUUUUCAAAUUCCUGUCUGAAUGUGUGGAUGUAGCUGCAAGGAUAAAAAUAAUCAACGAUUUACUUGAACUUCUUGAUUCAAAUCCUUCAAACAUUGAAGCCCUAAUGGAAUAUGGGUGGAAUUCCUGGUUAAUGGCUUCUACGAGCCUUCGUGCAUUGAAAGACUACAAAAUUGAGUCACGAGUGCUAGGUGACAGUGAGAUAAAUGAGCUAAGUUAUGUGAGGAAUUUAUUCUGUGUUGUUCUUUGUUACUAUAUGCAUUCCGUGAAAGGUGGUUGGCAACAUCUCGAGGAGACGGUGAAUUUUCUACUUCUACAAUGCGAACAGGGUGGCAUCUCAUGUAGAUAUCUGCUUCGUGAUAUCUAUGAGGAUUUAAUUCGGAGGCUCAUUGAUUUAUCUUCUGAGGGAAAUUAUUUUUCCUCACAGCCAUGUCGAGACAACACAUUAUAUCUUCUCAGACUUCUUGAUGAGAUGCUUAUCUCUGAAAUUAGUUACAAACUCCCGUUUCCUACAAGUAGCUCAGAUCUCGCUCCAGAUUUCCUGGAAUUAGUAAGUUACAAAGAUCUAGACUCUGCCUUAUAUGAGGCCUUACAAGGAGAAUCUGCUGAUGUCAUGUCUAGGAAGCCUCGGGUUACCAAAGAUCCUAUUCCAAAUAAAGACGAUAUAGUUGAUGAUGAGUGGUGGAAUUUAUAUGAUAAUCUGUGGAUAAUUAUCUUUCAGAUGAAUGGGAAGGGACCAAGCAAAGUGUUACCCAAAUCUUCAUCCACUGUGGGUCCAUCUUUUGGUCAAAGAGCAAGGGGAUUAGUAGAAUCACUAAAUAUUCCUGCUGCAGAAAUGGCUGCAGUUGUUGUGUCAGGGGGUCUAACCAACGCAUUGGGUGGGAAACCAAAUAAAAAUAUUGACAAGGCUAUGCUGUUAAGAGCUGAGAAAUGCCCCAGAAUUGUUUUUCGACUUGUUAUUCUAUAUCUCUGUAGAUCUUCUCUUGAAAGAGCAUCUCUAUGCAUUCAACAGGUUAUUCCACUUCUACCGAAUGUUGUAGCUGCUGAUGAUGAGCAGAGCAAGAGCAGAUUGCAGCUUUUUAUAUGGGCCUUGCUUGCUGUUAGGAAACAGUAUGGAAUGCUGGAAGAUGGUGUUCGAUUUCAUGUUAUUUCCCAUAUGAUUCGAGAAACUGUUAACUAUGGUAAAGCAAUGCUAGCUACCAGUAUGAUGGGAAGAGAUGAGGCCUCAGACUUGGGCAGCACUCAAAAUGAAACAGGCACCCUCCAAAAUCUAAUUCAAAAGGAUCGAGUGCUUUCUGCGGUUGCUGAUGAAGUAAAAUAUAUUAAGACCUUACAAACAGAUCGCAUUAAACAGUUGCACGAUCUCCACAUUAGGACUGAUGAAAGUUUAUCCAUAGAUUCUACUCAAAAGAAAGCUUUUGAAGAUGAGAUACAGAGUAACUUAAAGGCCAUUCUUGACUGGGAUGAUAGUAGGAGGACUUCUUUUCAGCUUGCCCAUGAUGAGGAACAGCAAACCAUUGCUGAAAAGUGGAUACACAUGUUUCGCUCUCUGAUUGAUGAGAGGGGUCCAUGGUCUGCAAAUCCUUUUCCAAAUAGUAUCAUCACACACUGGAAGCUUGAUAAGACUGAAGAUGCAUGGAGGCGUAGGCUGAAGUUGAGACAAAAUUAUCAUUUCAAUGAAAAUCUUUGCCAUCCUCCAUCCACCAUAUGUAGUAAUGAGGUGUCUCCUCCAGUUAAUGAAAGCAAAUCUGCUUUUGGGGGGCAUAUUCCAGAGCAAAUGAGGCGGUUUUUACUGAAAGGAAUUCGCAAGAUCACUGAAGAUGGACCCUCAGAAACAACUGAAAAUGAUGCUGAAUCUAGUGGACAAAAAUCCUGUGUCUCUGAGGAUAUCUCAAACAAAAAGGGCUCUGAGGCAGUAAAAGACAGCAGUGGUCAAAAUGAAUUUUACCAAGAGAAGAUUGAUCCUUCCCCUACAUCAACAGAGCAAGAAACUAGCGAGGUUCUUAUAUCUGUUCCAUGUGUACUUGUGACACCAAAGAGAAAACUAGCUGGACGGUUGGCAGUCAUGAAAAGUGCUUUGCAUUUCUUCAGUGAGUUUUUGGUGGAAGGUACAGGAGGGGCAUCUGUUUUUAAGAACUGUAAUGUUUCAAGCAACUAUGAUACAGGCAAGCUGGAUCAAUUGGGAGGAGCUCAAAAGCAGAAGUUAAAUUUAGAUUCAGUUUCAGAAAAAAUUAAUGUAUCUGAAACUACAGAAGUAGUUCACAAGAUUAUUCUACAAAAGCAACCCAAAAAUAUUAAGCGCCACCGAAGAUGGAAUAUUUGUAAGGUAAAGGCUGUCCUUUGGACUCGGUAUUUGCUUAGGUACACUGCAAUAGAGAUUUUCUUCAAUGAUUCUGUUGCUCCUGUUUUUCUGAAUUUUGCAUCACAGAAGGAUGCAAAAGAUGUUGGGACCUUGAUAGUUACAACUAAAAAUGAAUCUAUGUUUCCUAAGGGAUACAAGGACAAGAGUGGAAUGAUUUCCUUUAUUGAUAGACGUGUGGCAUUGGGCAUGGCAGAAACAGCUAGAGAGAGCUGGCGGAGAAGGGAAAUGACAAACUUUGAAUAUCUAAUGAUACUCAACACACUUGCAGGAAGAUCUUACAAUGACUUAACCCAGUAUCCUGUUUUCCCUUGGAUACUAGCUGAUUAUUCCUCAGAGACUUUGGAUUUCAACAAGUCAUCAACUUUCCGGGAUCUCUCAAAACCUGUUGGAGCACUGGAUCCAAAACGAUUUGAGGCCUUUGAAGAUAGAUACCAAAAUUUCUGUGAUCCUGAUAUUCCCAAUUUCUACUAUGGGUCUCAUUAUUCAAGUAUGGGGAUUGUGCUUUUUUACCUCCUUAGAUUAGAGCCAUUUACAGCUCUUCAUCGUACUUUGCAGGGUGGUAAAUUUGACCAUGCAGAUCGUCUUUUUCAAAGUAUUGAGAGCACUUACAGGAACUGUCUUUCGAAUACAAGCGAUGUGAAAGAAUUGAUUCCCGAGUUCUUUUAUAUGCCAGAAUUUCUUGUGAAUUCAAACUCUUAUCAUUUUGGAGUGAAGCAAGAUGGUGAACCCUUAGGUGAUGUUUUCCUUCCUCCUUGGGCUAAGGGUUCCCCAGAUGAGUUCAUUAAUAAAAACCGAGAAGCCCUUGAAAGUGAAUAUGUUAGCUCAAAUCUCCAUCACUGGAUUGAUUUAGUGUUUGGUUACAAGCAGCGUGGAAAACCUGCAGUAGAGGCGGCAAAUAUCUUUUACUAUUUAACUUAUGAAGGUUCCGUUGAUCUAGAGACCAUGGAAGAUGAAUUGCAAAGGUCAGCCUUAGAAGACCAGAUUGCAAAUUUUGGGCAGACACCCAUUCAGAUCUUUCGUAAGAAACAUCCUAGAAGGGGACCGCCAAUUCCGAUUGCUCAUCCUCUACACUUUGCUCCCAACUCUAUUAACUUGACUUCAAUUAUUUCUAGUACAAGCAAUUCACCAUCAUCUAUCUUAUAUAUUAAUUUGUUUGAAUCCAAUAUUGUCCUCGUCAACCAGGACCUGACCAUGUCUGUCAAGAUGUGGUUGACAACCCAACUGCAAUCUGGUGGAAAUUUUACCUUCUCUGGUUCUCAGGAUCCUUUUUUUGGGGUUGGUUCUGAUAUCCUUUCUCCCCGUAAAAUUGGGAGUCCAUUGGCAGAAAAUAUUGAACUUGGACCACAAUGCUUUGCAACAAUGCAAACACCAUCUGAAAAUUUCUUGAUUUCAUGUGGCAACUGGGAAAACAGUUUUCAGGUCAUAUCCCUAAUGGAUGGAAGAAUAGUGCAGAGUGUCAGACAGCACAAAGAUGUAGUUAGCUGUGUUGCAGUGACAUCUGAUGGGAAUAUCCUUGCUACGGGGAGUUAUGACACAACAGUCAUGGUGUGGGAGGUUUCCCGUGUUAAAGCCUCUGAAAAGAGAGCUCGAAGUACACCAAGUGAGAUGCACCGGAAAGACUCUGUUAUUGCUGAAACUCCCUUUCAUAUUUUAUGCGGACAUGAUGAUAUAAUUACAUGCUUGUUUGUUAGCAUUGAGCUUGAUAUAGUUAUAAGUGGUUCAAAAGAUGGGACCUGUGUUUUCCAUACUCUGCGGGAGGGAAGAUAUAUUAGAUCCAUCCAGCAUCCAUCUGGCAGUCCAUUGUCAAAGCUUGUUGCAUCUCGUCAUGGACGGGUUGUGUUUUAUUCUGAUGGUGACCUAGGUUUGCACCUUUAUUCUAUUAAUGGAAAACACAUUGCAACUUCUGAAUCAAAUGGUCGGCUCAACAGUGUAGAACUGAGUACUUGUGGUGAGUUCUUGGUUUGUGCCGGAGACCAAGGGCAGAUUGUUGUACGCUGUAUGAACUCACUGGAGAUGGUGAGGAAGUAUAGUGGAAUUGGAAAGGUUCUAACUUCACUAACAGUGACUCCUGAAGAAUGCUUCCUAGCAGGAACAAGAGAUGGAAGCCUUCUUGUGUAUUCAAUAGACAAUCCUCAACUUCGUAAAACUAACAUUACUCGACACUCGAGAUCCAAAGGUUCUGCAACAGGAUAAAUUCAAGGCUUCUGUGUGCAUUAUUUUACAAGUCAUGCUGAUCCCUGAUUUUUAUGGAAGCUGUGUGUGUGUCAUCCACGUUUUAUAGGGAUGUUGUUGAAGCCCCCUUCACCGGCUUUCUGAAACAGUCAUAAAUUCUGUGACUGUCUUGGGUGUGAAGAUGGUAAAAAGGGUCAUGGCACUGUCGCCAGCAAGACUUAGGUGGGCUCACUAGUUGGGACUUUCCCUUUUUCCGCGUUACAAUCUGGCUAGCCUAUGACCAUUCGCAAAUUCAGUUCUGUUCUCUUUGUGUCGGUGAAAUUGCCCUCGCGGCGAGGGAACUUGACAAAUUCUUGUACAUUGUAUUAUUUAGUGCAGAAAUGUAUGUACUAGACAUAGCUGUAUGUCGUUUUCUAUUCCAGUCAUUUGUAUUUAUUAUAUAUAUAUAUAUAUACAUAUAUAAACAUGUUAACCUCCUCCACUCGAGCAACUUGUAUAGAUAGGUUCUCUUUGUAUCAUGCGGCAAUUUUUCAACCCAGGGGGGUGUAAUAAUCACUCGAUGGUUUGAAUGGCAUAA